AUGAGCGAAAGAUUCCAAGAAAGAAACAAAGCUUAUUUGCAGUCAGGAGAUAGCGAGCUGCUCCAGCUCAAGAGAGCAGAACACAACGUGGAACUGAGAAAAUCAAAGCGCUAUGAGCAUGCUAGAAAGAAAAGACUAGGACUUAAUGACGAGCCUGAGCCAAUUUAUGAUGAGUUCUAUAAUCCCAAUUUUAAUGCCAAAGCAAUCACAGAUCAAAAUAAACCUCUUGAAGAUAUUUAUUCAACUUUAAUUGCGGAAUACCCUGAAAAUUUAAAAUUUGAAGCAUUGCAGCUAGCGAGAAAGAAUUUAUCUGCGAGUAAAAACCCAGACAUAAGCAGGCACUCACAGCUGGGGCUUUUUCCUGUUUAUAUGAGCUAUGUCAACCCUAAUCUGCCUUUACCAGUUCAAGCUGAAGCAACUUGAAUUCUUGUAAAUUUGACCAACGGAGAACAUCGGUUUAUCGAAAGCCUGUUAAAGCUUGGCAUAGUAGAAGCUUGUCUUUCACUUGUCACUUACGAGCACCUUGAAAUUUCUGAAAAUGUUUUUCUUACUAUAGGAAACAUCGCUGGAGAUUUUUUGGGUAGUCGUGAAGAUUUAGUUGCGAAAGGGUGCUUAGACGUAAUUAUUAAUUUUUUAGAAGCUACUCUGAUCACUAAUCCAAACCACUCUAUAGUAAAAAAUUUGGUAUGGGCUCUGAGCAUGCUGGCUCUUUCUUCCAAAAAAUACUCAAUUGAACAAGUGGAAAGAAUUAUUUCAGCCACAAGAAAAGUAAUUGGCAGUCAAGUAGUAGAAAUCCGCCUUAAUUGCCUUUGGAUUUUAUUUUAUAUCACUUCAGGAACAGCAGAAAUGCUACAAGCUGUUAUAAACUAUGGACUCCCUCAAAUCGUUGCUAAUCUUUAUCUCUCAAAUCAAACAAAAGAAAAAUAUUUAGUAAUUAAAAUUAUCGGGAAUAUUUUAGGUGGCGAUGUGCUUCAGGCGCAGGCUGCAAUUGAUGCAAACGCAAUACAACUAAUUAAAUACGCUAUACAAGAUGAUCAUCAACCAGUAAGAAAAGAGGGAUACUGAGCCCUCAGUAAUCUUGCUGCUGGAACUAAAGAGCAAAUUGGAUACAUUUUCAGUUAUAAUCUGCACGAGCUAGCAUUAAAUGGAUUGAAUGAUCGAGAUAGUUCUGUUAGACUUGAUGCAGUUGUUACAUUUUUUAACCUUUGUGUGCAAUUUACUUAUCAAGAAGCGUCUAUUCUAGUUGGAUUGGGCCUUGUUGAGAAGUUUAAAGAUAUCAUCAGAAAUGAUAUUGAUCCGCGGCUUUUAGAAUAUGUGGUUAGGGCAUGUCAUGGGCUUUUAAGAGCAUAUAAUAGGGAUUCUCUUAGCUGUAAUGGGAUGGUGACUAUAUUUGAUAGUACAGGAUUACUGGAUCAACUAAUGAAGUUGGAAAUGCAUCAAAAUAAAAAUCUUUCAUCUGCAGUAAAAGAAAUUCUCACACGUUUCUUCGGAGUCCGUAAUGAAGAUGAAAAUCAUAAAAUCGUUGAGCCCACAGCUCAUUUUGAGUUUUCUUAA